AUGUGUAAAAUAAUAUUAUUUUUUAUAAUAUCAAAUAUUUUCUUUUUUUUUUUAUUAUCCUAUGUAGAUUCAUACUAUAGUUAUUUAAGAGGCUUUGUAAACUCAAAUUCCGAUCUCUUCGUAGCUUCUGAACAAAAACCAUCUGAUGAUAUGUUAUAUAUCUUACAAAAACCAAAAAGCAUCUUUAUUUUAUUUAUUGAUUAUAAAGAAAGGAAUGUAACAUUAAUUUCGGGUAAUUUCUUUAAUGUAUUUUAUUCAAACGAAAAAAAAAUAGAACUACCCCUUCAAGAGGUAUGUUCUGAUCAUAUGAAUACUUUCAAAAUAAUUGUUUCAACAAAAAUAAAUAUGUACCAAAGAGAAUUUAGAUGUAAAACUUCAUUUUUUGAUGAAGUUUGGUAUUGUACACAAGACCCAAUAAAUAAUGUUUGUUUAAAGGUAGCGUCGAAAAUAUUUGUUUUAUUAUUUCUAUUUUUAUACAUUUGCAUUACAUAUUAUAUACUCGCUUUUUUUUUUAAGAUAAUGGAUUUAUUUUCAAGGAGAAAGAAUUUGCCAAAUCAAAAUAAAGUAAAUGAACAAGAUGUAAAGCUAGAAGCUCUACUAACUGAAAAUAAAGAAGCAUUCGAUUUUAUUUUUAAGAAAAUUCAAGAAAUUGAAACUUCAAUGCAUACAAACAAUAAUGAGUUUAAUAGAUUAAAUUCAAGAAGUGGAUACAACUUUGAUAAUGGUAAUGAAUAUACAAACAAUGGGGAUUCAAGUAUCAAAGGUGAAAAUCAAAUAAAUAUCCAACAAAGUGAUUAUAAUAAUACAUAUACAAACAAUGGAAAUUCAAGCGCCAAAGGUGGAAAUCAAAUAAAUAACCAACAAUUUGAAAGUUACAAUCAAAAUUAUUUUAAAAAUAUGUACAAUAAUUUUAAAAAUAAAUUAAAUAUUAAUUAA